AUAGCUAUAGAAGGGUGUGCCCAUGGCUCCCUUGAUAUCAUAUAUCGCUCUAUCGCGGAGAAUGAUAAAUUAACUGGACACAAGACUCGAUUGCUUCUUAUUUGUGGGGACUUUCAGGCUCUCAGAAAUUAUGCAGACUUCAAUACGUUGGCAGUACCACAAAAAUAUAAGCAAUUAGGAGAUUUUUAUAACUACUAUAGUGGUAAGAAAACAGCACCUCUUUUGACGAUCUGUAUCGGUGGAAACCAUGAAGCCAGCUCGUACUUCUGGGAAUUGUAUCACGGUGGAUGGAUAGCACCAAACAUUUAUUACCUUGGUCGGUCUGGCUCCGUAAUGGUUGAUGGUGUCCGUAUUUCAGGGUACUUUGAGAAAAUCCCAUACAACAACUACACUUUACGGUCAACGUACCAUAUACGUCAAUUUGAUGUCGCGAAGCUAUCAUUCCUCCCGAAACCUGAUAUCUUCCUCUCUCACGAUUGGCCCCUCUCUAUAGAAAGAUAUGGGGAUACAAAUAAACUAAUACAAAAAAAGCCGUUCUUUGAGAAUGAAAUCUCCAGAAAUGAGUUGGGAUCACCUCCUCUUUUAACGUUGCUAGAAAAACUGAAACCUAGGCAAUGGUUUUCGGCCCAUUUGCACGUCUAUUUCAAAGCUAAAUGGAUAUCAGUUGUAGACAGUAUUGAUCCUGCUGAUAGCACUUCUAACGACACUAGUAAUGUUGGUAAUCCAGAUGAAAUUGCUAUAGAAGAUGAUGAUCGGCCCGAUGAUGCCGUCGCGGAGAACAAAGAUGGUAAUCCAGAAGAAAUUGUUAUAGAAGAUGAAAUAGACGAAGGAGAUGUAAAUGUAGAGGCUCAGAGUAACGAUAAAAGGGACAUUAUUAAUGAUCAAGAAACUACUUACUUUACUGCUCUCGAUAAGAGUCUACCAAAGCGUAAAUUCUUGGAGGUAUGUUUGGAGACAACUCAAGAGUUACAAAGUGAGAAACCGUCAUUUACAUUCGACCCUCAUUGGUUGGCAAUUACACGCGCAUUUCAUCCUUUCAUGACGAUUGGAGAAGACCAAUUAGAGCUACCAUCAGAUGAGGAUGCCAAACGUGAAAUUGCUACACAACUUGAGUGGACCAACGAAUAUCUCAGUAACGUGCAGGUUGAGAGUAUCCAACAGUUUGUGAAAACUGCUCCCGCUGAUGGUGACAAAGGCUUCACUUAUAAAGGACAGCCGUUAGCUUAUACUAACCCGCAAACUGAAAACUUCUGCAGUAUGCUGGAAAUUCCCAACCUAGUAAAUCCGCAACCAUACGAAAACCUAACGCAGCCAGAAUAUCAAGGGGAGGGGCUAACAUCAAAAGAGCAACAGUAA